CGCGGGGGAGGGGGGAAAUGGCGGCCGUUGCGCAUGCGCCGGGCGGGGGGCGGUGACGGUCGGGCUCUUCACGCCGGCGCCGGCGAGCGGCAGAGGCGGCGUGAGGGCCGGGAGGCAGCGGGCGGCGGCGGGUGAGCGGAUCGCGGCUCCACCAUGGGGACGCAGGGAGCCGGGCGGAAGCGGCUGCCGAACCGGGAGCGCCUGACGGCGGAGGACGACGCGCUCAACCAGAUCGCCCGCGAGGCUGAAGCAAGGCUCGCGGCAAAGCGAGCGGCGCGGGCGGAGGCACGGGAGAUCCGAAUGAAGGAACUGGAGAGACAGCAGAAAGAGAUCUAUCAAGUUCAGAAGAAAUAUUAUGGUCUGGAUACUAAAUGGGGCGACAUCGAGCAGUGGAUGGAAGACAGUGAGCGUUAUUCCCGUAGAGCCCGAAGAAAUGCCUCGGCUUCAGAUGAAGAUGAGCGCAUGUCUGUGGGUAGCCGUGGAAGCCUGAGGUCUCGCUUGGAAUAUGCCAGCACCUAUCCAGUGGCUGGAUUAGAGAAUGAGAGGACCAAAAGGAAGAGCUACUCCAAAGCAACCAAUGGUUAUGAGGAAGACGUGUAUGGAUCAUCCCAGAGUAGAAAAUCUAGCAGGCCUUCGGAGUACAGCUGCUACCUCGGCUCGGGAUCCCGGGCGUCUUCAAGAGCCAGCUCUGCUCGGGCCAGUCCAGUGAUUGAGGAAAGGCCAGAAAAAGACUUUGAGAAGGGAGCUCGUACUGUCUCAAGUUUAUCAGCAGCUACCUUAGCUUCGCUAGGCGGGACUUCUUCACGGAGAGGCAGCGGGGACACCUCCAUCUCAGCUGACACAGAGGCAUCUAUUAGAGAAAUAAAGGAUAUCUAUGAGUUAAAGGACCAGAUUCAGGAUGUAGAAGGCAGAUACAUGCAGGGACUGAAAGAAAUGAAGGACUCUCUAGCAGAAGUCGAAGAGAAGUAUAAAAAGGCUAUGGUGUCAAAUGCGCAACUAGACAAUGAGAAAACAAACUUCAUGUACCAAGUAGACACCCUGAAGGAUGCGCUCUUAGAGCUAGAAGAGCAGCUGGCAGAAUCCAGGAGGCAAUAUGAAGAGAAAAGCAAAGAAUUUGAGAGGGAAAAGCAUGCUCAUAGCAUAUUGCAGUUUCAGUUCAUGGAAAUGAAAGAAGCUUUGAAGCAAAGAGAAGAAAUGCUUGCAGAAAUCCAACAGCUGCAACAGAAACAGCAGAGCUAUGUCAGGGAAAUUUCUGAUCUUCAGGAGACAAUAGAGUGGAAAGACAAAAAAAUAGGGGCUUUAGAGAGGCAGAAAGAUUUCUUUGAUUCCAUAAGGAGUGAGCGGGAUGACCUUAGAGAUGAAGUGGUUAUGCUGAAGGAGCAACUGAAGAAGCAUGGAAUAAUCCCAGACUCUGAAGUAGCCACCAACGGGGAGACAUCAGACAUUCUUGAUAAUGAAGGACACUUGGAUUCUUCCAAAACUGUUCAAGGCACAACUCAGGCACUAAAGACAACAGGGGAUGGGACGCUAGGCAAAGCCAAUGAAGUGGACAUGAAAAAUGAGAUUUUGGAGGAUGUGGGGAAAAGAGAAAUCUUGCAGAAUACUGAGCAGGAGGAACACAAAGAGGAGUCUGAGGAGCAGGAAAUAAAGACAUUGCAUGCUGAUGAAAAUGCAAAGGCAGAAAAAAUCAUUGAAGAAAAUGAUGCCAUGUCAACAGUGAUGUUAACAAGCAGUAGGCAUGCAGAACAAAUUCAAAGCCAUCCAGAACAUGUAUCAGGGAAUGUUUCUUCAAAUGAUGGUAGUGAUGCAGAUGAUUUGAGAAAGGAGACAGAACCAACAGGCAGUAGCGUAGAAGUCCAGCAGCCUGUUAGUAAGGAAGCCGAACACGGUGACUUGAAUCAAAGGACAGAUCCGAAUUCAGAGGUGGGCUCACUGCAAGGUCAGGUUUUUGAGACUCCUCAGGGAAUGUCUAGCGACUUAGGUACAGAAUGUGAAUUAGGAAAAGCUGCAGCAGAACAGAAAGGAGAGGAUUUUAAAGCUAGCAAUGCAGCGGGUGGUGAUGAAAUGUCUCGGGAAGCUGACGUUAGGAGUAGCAGCAGUGAGCUGGUUUCUGAUCAGUCAGAGCUUCCAGAGGUUGCAGUAGCAGGCUCAUUCAGCGGAGAGCCAAGCGUGGAGAGUCGCGCUGAGAGCCUCCAGCACUCAGAAGAAAGCCCUGAAGAGCAAGUUAUGAAUGUCUUGGAGAGAGAGCUGGUGGGAGGCAAAGAGUGUACUGACGGGAGACUCGAUGAAAGAGGAAGUGGUAGAGCCGAAGAAGAAAAUGAGACUGGGAGCACAGUUCAGGGCCAGGCAAAGAAAACCGAGCCUGGGGGUAUGGAGGGAGAGGACUCACGUGAAAGUGGUGCCCCAGCAGCUGCGAGUGAAGAGGAAGAUGGAGAUCAGACACAAAUUCAACCAGUUUCUUCAGAGGAUGGUCACAUAGUAUCACUAGAGGGACAAAAAACGCAAGAUAAAACAGAACGUGGAAAGGCUAUGACUGAGAAGGACGGACCGGAGGAAGUAUUGAUGGACGAAUUGGAAGCACGUUCAGAUUCUGCAGAGACAGGCAAGCAGGACGGCGCAUCCGUAGAGCCUGUAGACUGUAUUAGUGAGGGAAAAGGAAGCGUACUGCAGCAGGCAGAGCCGGGCAAAGACACCGUGAAAGAAACGGUGUCUCAGGAAAGCAGUUUAGACCCAGGUCUUUCAGAUUGUGACAAUCAGGAAGCAGAAGUGGAAAUACAGGAUGAGCCUGGGAAAAGAAAGGAAGGUAAAACUGAAUGGGCAGAAGAUUUAAAACCAAACAGAGAAAUUCAAACAGUUCAGUGUACUGAGGAAACAACAUGUGAUACAGGGGGAGAGAAAAAUAUUUCUGUAGAAGCUGAAGUUCAGAACGUAGUUAAGCAAGAGGAAGGUGAAUCUAGACAGGAGUCAACUGAAGGUCUUAGUGUAACUACUGAAAGCAAAGUUGAUGAAGAAGCAUUGAAAGAAACUGAGAAACAGCUAGAGCUUACAGACCACCAUUGCGGUGGAUUUGCUUCCGAGGAAGAUGCAGAUAAUUCUUUGCAGGAAACUACAAAACCAUUAGAGCACUUUAUUCAAGGCAAUGCAGAAGCCAAAGAGCAAAACCCAGAGCUAGAAAAUGUACGUGAGUGUACAGAGAAAGAGAAGGAUAAAAAUCAGAAGGGUCAAGGGACUGAAGAGGACAAAAGUCAGGGAAUAGAAGAGGAGGGUGAGGCAAAGGAAGCAUUACCAGAGGAAAAGGUGGAGACUCUUGCACAGAAAGCUGAGCUGGAUGAAAAUGUUAGUGAACAAGUUAAAUUGGAGGGUCAAGCAGAGGAAGGAGUGGAAAAUGAUGGUGAUGCAUUUGAUUUUGAUGAGGAAUCAAAACAGAUACUGGAAACUGAUGAAAAACGUGGUGGAGAGAAAGCUGAUACCCAGAAAGGAGAAGAAGCUGGAGUACAUGGUGUGACUGGGGAGGUUGCCCAAACCGGAGAAACUGGGGAAGGCAGAGGCAACAUAGAAACCGAAGACACAUCGACUGAGGAUGACAGCUUACAGCAUAAAAAAGAGGGCGAGACAGAAGAAAGCGGGCAUUUGCUAGGGAAAGCAUCUUCACAGAAAACUGAUGAGAAGGCCAGUGCGUUGGAAGACGGAAGCGAAGCAUCAGACUCAAACGAUCUGGAAAAAAUACCAGAUGAAAAUGUUUUAGAACAGGAUUUGGAAAGUGCUGGCAAUAACAGGGAUGAAAGCAAAGAGGAUUUGCAAAGUGGUAGAAGGGGUAAGGGUAAGUCUAAAGAAGACUGCACAGUAUCAUGAGUUCAAAAUCUCAGCCUAAGUUAGCUAUGUGCCAUUUGUUCGGUUUCAGUACAGAAGCAUGCACUUUGCACAAUAAAUCAGACUUUAGGAAUACGCUAAGGGUUAUUUCUUUGUAGGUAAAUCUCACAUAAUAAAUGUCGGGUUACGUAAGUGGUAGUGAUGCAUGUCUUAAGUUAUUUACUGCCAUACCUAGCCACCAGAAAUCACACGUGUAGGUUUGGUUUUGCUCUCUUAGAUUAAACGUUUAUCACCGAAAGAGCGAGCUUCACAAAUAAGUUAUUCACACUGUCUUGCAAUUAAAGUACUCUUGGUGUGGAUAACUGCUACUGAGAAACUUGUAUAUGAAACUCUUACUUUCUGACCUAGAAUAAGGAAAGAUGUCUUGAAUGUACUUAUGUGCAUUAGAUCUACAGUAAGUCUAGUAAUACUUCAUCAAGGAACUCAGAACCGUCACAACACUGUGAUCUAAUGUUGAGACUUGUUUGUGAUUGAUUAAAGCCUAGGAACCAAAUAUUUUACUAUGCAAAAAGAUAAUCUCAUUCCAUUUUGUGUUAUGUUUCUGAUAUGGACGUAUUCCAAAAUCCAGUACGCCUGAUGAACUGCCAAAACACAGUUAGGUCACUGUGAAUCUGCUUAGUCUGCACACUCUGAAGGAACAAUAUACAAUUUGGAGAAAUUGCAACAUAGAGGUCAUAGUCUGCUGAAAGGAAUAAAUAUAUAUGUUUACUUAGGCACUUUGCACCGCAGUAAGCCUUUAACGCCAUGUCUCACGUGGUGGGUUUUUUUUUUUUUUUUCCUAAGAAAGUGUCAAUGCACACUAUGAUGUGUGCUUAGGUUUGCUAUCAAGUACUGUCUAGCUAUGAACAUAUAAAAUAUCUAUUUUUCCUGGAAGAUUUUAUUUUAAGUUGCAUUUCCUUGCUGCAUUAUAUUUUCUGCAAAACAUGGUUUUGAAAGUGUGUUUGGUUUUGUUUUUUUUUUUUUAAAUCUCUGAAAAAUUCUUUCCUCUUCCUUUUUGGGAAAGAAGAUAAUUUUGGAUGUCUUAAUUUUUACUGAAUAUCAGACCAAAGAUGAUUGUUCUGUAUACUGGCCCCCAUGCCUUCUUGAAAAGCUGGAUUGUUUUGAAUUGCUGGCAUAAAUUAGACACUUCAACUCAUUGGUAUAUGUCAUCUUGCAUCUUUUAUACUGCUUGGGAGGAAGUGUGCGUUUUUUCAUAAUUAAAAAUUCUUUUAAAGUUGUUUUAAGCAGUGAAUAUCUGAAGGGAAUGCAAACUGAAGAGUUGGGAGGAGGCUACAGCAAGCAGUAUUUGUAUUGAUGUUACAAAGUGGGAGUGCGAACAGACUGCAAAAUAUGAAGAUGUAUAUCAAAAUGUACUGAGCUGUAUAUAAUUGAAAUAAACUUAUUUUAUACUUUAAA